AUGCGAAAACUUUGUUUUGGUAGACAAUCUAAUUUUUUUAAAAAUGUAGAUGAAAACUACAAACGUGUCUUUGUUGAGGGCAUGACUACUGAAAUGAAGCUUGAGGUACAGACCUUGCACAGACACAACAAUUAUGGACAUAAUCGUUUAUAUGGACUAUGCAAGCAACUGUAUUUCUCUAUACCAAGACUGCUUAUCAGAGAGGUAUGUGCGGAAUGCAAUAUUUGUGCACAAGCACAACCUAUCAAAAGAGAAAUUUAA